AAAAGUCAGAAUUUGUUAAAAACACCCUGAAUAAUUAUAAAAAGCUUAAACCGUGGAUUACAAAUGCAAUAAUUAAAUCUAUGAAAAACCGAGAUAAGCUGAAAAGAGCCCUUAAGCUAAACCCGUCUCCAGCAGAGAUAUCGGAAUACAAAGAAUAUAGAAACCGUCUUAAUAAAAUAAUAAGAUUUACAAAAAAUGAGUACUAUAAAAGUAAAUUUAAUCAAAGCUCGCAUGAUAUCAAAAAAGUUUAUAAAUUAGUUAAAGAGGUAACAAAUGAAAGCCAAACAGAAUGUCCUAUAACUUACCUAAAGGAUGAAAAAAAUGACAUGAUUAUUGAUAAAAAGCAAAUUGCUGAUUUUGCAAAUAACUUUUUUAUAAAUAUUGGCAGAGAAAUGUCAGAUAAAAUUGGGAACCCUCCCACACCUUUUCAAUUUAUAAAUAGCCCUUCCUAUUCAAUGUAUUUAAAACCGACCAACAGGAAUGAAAUUAUUGAACAUAUAAUGAGUCUAAAAAAUAGUUGCUCUCCAGGAUUAGAUAAAUUAACGACUAAAAUAAUCAAACAACUACAUGUAUAUCUCUUGGAUCCCUUAGUUCAUAUAAUCAAUCUGAUUUUCAAAACGGGCAAAGUACCUAAACAAUUUAAAAUAUCGGUUGUAUCACCUAUUCACAAAGCAGGAGAUAAAGAAUAUAUAAGUAAUUAUAGACCAAUAAAUAUAAUAUCAAAUUUAGCAAAGAUAUUUGAAAAAUGCCUUAAGGUUAGAUUGGUUGCAUUCUUGGACUCAAAUAAGUUGUUAUCUGAGAAUCAGUUUGGUUUUAGGCAAGGUUUAAGCACAUCACAUGCGGUUUAUGAAUUAGCGUCUAAAAUAAUGUAUCAUUUAAAUAACGGUGAUAAGUGCAUCGCUUUGUUUUUGGAUUUAGCAAAGGCAUUUGACACGGUAUCUCAUCCUUUGCUCCUCCAAGCACUGGAGGGACAUGGAGUUAGGGGUGCUGUGUUAAGUGUAUUUAGAGAUUAUUUAAUGCAUAGGAUUCAGUGUGUCAGGAUUGCGGACGUUCUAAGUGAACCUAAGACGGUUCAGCAUGGAGUUCCACAGGGUACAGUACUUGGGCCAAUUCUUUUUAAUAUAUAUGUAAAUUACCUCUGCAGUCUUGCAGUUGAUGGCGAUGUAAUUGCCUAUGCUGAUGACACUGUGGUGGUGUUUCAUGGAGAGACAUGGGAAUCAACGGGUGAAAAAUUGAAGACUGAUUUUGCAAAAAUUAAAAACCUUCUGGACACAUUUAAAUUAACUCUGAAUAUAAAAAAAACUCAUUACAUUGCCUUCUCUAUAACCAUGGCUAAUAGACCAGCAUUUAAUCAAAUUAAACUUGAUAAUAUUGAUGAGCCUUUGAAAGAAGUAAAUGAAAUUAAAUAUUUGGGGGUUGUUGUUGAUAAGCACUUGAAGUGGGACCGACAUGUGCUGUAUUUGAGCAAAAAAAUUAGAUUUUUCAUUCAUAAAUUCUACGCUCUUCGUAAUAUACUGAACAUUAAACUACUAUUAAUGAUUUACAAAGCACUUGUGGUCCCACUAUUGGUAUAUGGCAUAAUUGUGUGGGGUGGGAUGUACGGUUCAAAUCUUGGGCAGCUAAAAGUGGUGCAGAACCAUAUUGUAAGGAUCAUUCUAAAAAAACCUAGAUUAUAUCCCACUAUGCAACUUUAUUCACAAGAAAUAAACAAUAUUAAAAUCUUAUAUAUCCUUGCAGUAUGUAGUUUUGUACAUGCAAGUAAGAAAUUAAAUACAAAUUAUGUGUCCCACAAUUAUAUGACCCGAGCAAACACCACUCAUAACCUGAACGUCCCGCAGUCCAGGCGAGAUUUAAAUUUGCGUUUUGUGACAUAUCUUGCACCUAAAUUUUACAAUUUGAUUCCUGCUAAUAUCAGGAAUAUUGGAAAUAAUAAAAAAUUUAAUAUUUCGUUUAAUAUGUUCUGUUGGGAAAAUCGUGAACAAUUUAUGCGUCUAUUUUAA